AGAACAGGGUACUUGUCUUUCUCUCCUCCUCUCUCUCUUUCCUUUUCUUCCUCUGCAACCAACCAUGAGGAUCACCUUUGUGACAAUGGCCACGGCGAUGGUGUGUUUGAUGGGUGUCCAUGGAGACGUGCAGCCUCAGAGAGAGUUCGACUUGCAGAGGUUUGCAGGGAAGUGGUACCGUGUGGGCCUGGCGUAUGACUCCCCAGGGUUUACUGCCCCAUACAGAGACAAGCUGAGAGUGUCCAUGGGCAUCCUGAAUCCACAGACCAACGGCGACGUCAACCUCACCAUGUGGACCCAGAGAUCAACAGGUUGCCGCAGUAAGCUUUACACGUAUGAGAAGACAGCGAUACCUGGCGCCUUCACCUAUUUCAGCACCCGCCAUAACAAAGUAAAGGACAUCACAGUAGUGGAGACCAACUAUAAUGAAUAUGCACUGGUCCUGAAGCACAAGAAGAUGGACAGAGAGUACACACAGGUGGCCCUCUAUGGUCGUUCUCAGAAGGUAAAGCCUGAAGUGAUUCAGAAAUUUAAAGACUUUGCCACAUCUCAUGGAUUUCCCAAGGACGCCAUUCUGACCCCACCACCUGCAGGUAGUAGCCUAAAGAACUGUCCUCCCUAUGGACGCUAAGGUGAGUCACUGGAAAUCCUUUCUACAGACAGUCUAUGUUGUUGUCGACUGACUACAAGAACACUUGAUAUUUGAAUAAACUGCAGGUUUUGUUUUUGUGCUCUCCUUCAGAUCAGAGCAACAUCAUGAUUACUCGUUGAUUUGCUUCACCGCACCCGUUUCCCGGCACUUAUUAGACAUUUGUCUCUCCAUCGGAGCACAGCAUCAGGAUUGGUUUCACCUUUACACCACACGUUUCACUGGGCAACAACAGUACCUCAACGCGCUUUACCUCACAAGGGUGAAAUAGUAUAAUUACUAAUAACCACUAAUGACAGAUGCACUCUUAGACAGCCCGUCUAAUUUUAUUACCAACAUCCUCUCUGAUGUCUGUCUGUCUCUUGUCCCCUCGGUACAACGGACAGUUAAAUUCGUUUUCCUUUCUGAAUCCGAUAAACAAGGGACAUCAUUGUCUUGUAUAACACUGCUAUGGCUGAAUAAAUGCUAGUGUUCCUCUGCCUAUGGUGCUACGUGGUGUCUGUGACCUCAUUGUCUUUUUCCCUGCCUAUUGGAUCGCAGCCCUGAGCGCAUAAGAGUGUUAGAGCGAUUAAAGGGAGAGAGAGAUAGAAUUGGAGAGACAGACAAAUCUAAAAUAGGGGAGAGACACUGAUUGAAAAGGAGAUACUGAGAGAGAGAGAUAGAGACGGGAUACCGAAGAAACUUGGGCGACAUAUAUUUAGAGCAUUGUUCAACACAGAGUAGACCCUGAUUUAAAGUUCUGUCAUGCUUGGAACAUCGAUCAAUCAGAGCGGGCCAAUCAGGAUCCAGAACCCAAUCAUCAAUAUUGUUACCCAUGGAGAGUGUGUGUGUGUGUGUGUGUGUGUGUGGGUAUGGUAGUGUGUGUGUGUGGGUAUGGUAGUGUGUGUGUGUGUGUUUAUGGUAGUGUGUGUGUAUGGUAGUGUGUGUGUGUGGGUAUAGUAUGGUAGUGUGUGUGGGUAUGGUUGUGUGUGUGUGGGUGUGUGGGUAUGGUAGUGUGUGUGUGGUAGUGUGUGUGUGGUAGUGUGUGUGUGUGUGUGUGUGUGGGUAUGGUAGUGUGUGUGUGGUAGUGUGUGUGUGGUAGUGUGUGUGUGUGUGUGUGUGUGUGGGUAUGGUAGUGUGUGUGUGGUAGUGUGUGUGUGGGUAUGGUAGUGUGUGUGUGGUAGUGUGUGUGUGUGUGUGUUUAUGUGGGUUUAGUUCCAUAUGUUUAUCUGAGCAACUCAUGUUCAUACCACAUACAUAACAGGUUACAUGUUUUUGUGAUGUUAGAACCACAGGGUUCAGCCCUUGAGCAAUAAUUGAUUUCGCUAUGCAUGCUACAACUCUGUGGCGCUGAAAUGUAAUGAUUUUUUCCCUCGUUAAAUUCCACUUUGAUGUCCAAUGUUUCAGAAAAAGGGACAAACAGUCAGAUAAAGGAGAACUUUGCUCUGUUUGCUGUUUGUUUUCUGCUGGAGUUUGAGGGGGUACAGAGAGGGGUAAAUACAUAUGGGUCAAUGCUCUCUGGUUUGCUAGCCUAGUCCAGUGGCGGGAUGGAGGGAUCUGAGGUAGAGGGUUGGAGGGGUGGGUGUGAUCUCCCAGCAGAUCCAGGAGCUCAGAGGAAACUCAGUCGGAGGUUCGUAUCGGAGACACACAGACAGAAUGCAGCAGGGUGCCAUACUUGUGGUCCUUUUGGUCCUGGUGAACUCCCUCCAUGGCGUGCCAGUGCUUGUCGAACCGCUCUUCCCCACACAGGAGAACUUUGACCUGAGCAAGUUCAUGGGGAAGUGGCAUGAUAUUGCGGUAGCUUCCACCUGUCCCUGGAUGCAGCGCCACAGAGGAGACUCAGCUAUCGGCAUACUGGAGCUGCAGGCCGGGGACACUGAAGGCAAAGUCAGCAUGAAACGCAGCAUGAAAAAGCACGGGACAUGUAAGCAGAUCUCCGGUGAUUAUGAGCUAACAGACACACCUGGAAGAUUCACCUACCACGUUGCCAAGUGGGGGGCUGAUGUUGAUGCCUAUGUCGUUCACACUAACUAUGAUGAGUAUGCCAUCGUCAUGAUGAGUAAACAGAAGACAGGUGGCGAGAAGACCAAGUCUGCCAAGCUAUACAGCCGCACCAUGGAACUGCGGACCACUAUCUUGGACGACUUCAGGAGGCUGGUGAGGGAGCAGGGCAUGGCUGACGACACAGUCAUCAUCAAACAGAACAAAGGCGAGUGUGUACCAGGAGCAGAGCCUGUAGCAGCAGAGUCUCCAUCUGAGAUUACGGCACCGAGAGCUAAGAGGAACGUAGUCCUCCCUGAUCCUGCCCCUGUGGAGGGCUCCGGUAUGGGUGAUGACACCAUGAUCUUCCGGAGUGCAGAGUCCUGUAAGGCGGAGCCAGACGCAGGUCCCUGUUUCGGGAUGGUGCAGCGCUACUUCUACAACUCCACCAGUAUGGGCUGUCAGCUGUUCACCUACGGAGGCUGUAUGGGCAACCAGAACAACUUUGUAACUGAGAGGGAGUGUCUGCAGAGUUGCCGCACUGAGGCUGCCUGCAGAAUGCCCAUGGAUGCUCAACCCUGCACUGGGCAGCCCAAGAUCUGGGCCUUCGAUCCCAACUCUGGACUCUGUCUGGAAUAUAAAAAGGACUACUGCCAGGGCAACAGUAACAAGUUCUACUCCAAGGGGGAGUGUGACGAGUACUGUGGGGUGAUGAAGGAUGGAGAAACUGAGUUCCUGAAAGCCAACUGAAGAUGAUUAGAGGUCAUAAGGAAGAACACAUGAACACACAGCACAGAUCACCGUCUGGGUUAGUCGUCUGACAGAAUACCUAUAUCAUUCAAUACAGAAUACAACACAAUAAAAUUAUGGAUUAAGCUGCUUGGA